GUUUAAUAGUAUAUAUACACCCCCUUAUAAGAGGAUCCUCAAUAAAGAUAGACAUUUGAAUGUUCAAAGAUGACGUAUUUUGUUAAAAUGUUGGUUUUGAUGUUAGCAUGUUUGGCUCAGGCAGUACCGCCACCCAUUCCUUCACAAAGGUGUGAAUCUAGAAUUGGAGAAUUAGUAGACGAAUUCGCUUCACAAGAGACAAUACCACAUUUUGAAAGUUAUGUACAGACAGAUAGAUUGACGGGAGGGUAUAAUUUGGAUCCAAGAAUGGUAGAUGAUUAUUGUAGCUUGUUUCGCAAGAUUGUUCCAUUUUACGAAAACAACAUUGCAGCUUUGAGAAUUUUGUGUAACUCUGAGCAACUAAGACGUUAUUUGGAGGUAAUGGCGCGUAUAAAGAACGUUGCCACGUCAUUUUGUGAAGACGAGAAAAUAAAAGAUGUAAAAGCCCUUCUGACAUGUUCUAGUAACAACUAUAUAGCACAACAUGGAUUUAUUGGUUGUAUUGAAGGUGCCAUACGUGGUUUAUCUUAUAGUAGACCUGAUUCCCUCAAUUGUGCAGAAGACGAUCCUAAAUCUUGGUUCACAUCUGUAGUCAACAGUAUUAUGUCAUGUAGUUGUCAGUUUGAUUCGUGUGCACCAGAAAGUACAAAGUCAAUAAAAGAAAUGGUCACAGGUCAUCUAGAUGACGCAUGUGUACUUGUUAAGUUUGUGGUACUGGGAGAGUAGCUAUCACAACCUCGGAUUUUAAUUAGAUUGUUUUUAGUCAACAAUAAGAAAUAACAAAAAUUCUGAAUAAAUAAAGUCGUAAGAGAAUUUAAAUCAA